AUAGGGGUUAGGAAAUUUAGUAUAGUUAUUAUAAAAAGAAAAAAAGCCUAUUAUUUUACUUUUCUAAUUAAUAAAAAAUUUAUUAUUAUUAUAGAGGCUAUUUUUAUUACUAAAGAUUAUAUACUAGCUUUUUUAAUUUUUAAUAACUUUAUUUAUAUAGCUAAGUAG